AUGUGUCAUGUCAUUGUAACGUGUCGGUCAAUGCUGUGGACUCUCCUGAGUAUUGUGGUGGCUUUUGCAGAGCUCAUUGCUUUCAUGAGUGCAGACUGGCUGAUUGGCAAAGCAAAGCCUUCAAGCUCCGAGGAUGUGGACAACAGAACAGGGGGGUCACAGGAACCUUACCAUCCAACGCUGGGCAUCUAUGGGCGCUGCACCAGAAUCUCCCACAUGCAGUUUUCUAGACGAGACACGCUUUGUGGUCCUUACGCUGAAAACUUCAAUGAGAUUGCCAGUGGGUUCUGGCAGGCAACCGCUAUUUUCCUAGCCGUGGGAAUCAUGAUUCUCUGUGCCGUGGCAUUUGUGUCUGUCUUUACUAUGUGUGUGCAGAGUAUUAUGAAGAAAAGCAUUUUUAAUGUCUGUGGGCUGCUACAAGGGAUUGCAGGCCUCUUCCUUAUUUUAGGCUUGAUAAUUUACCCUGCAGGUUGGGGAUGCCAGAAAGCAAUAAGCUAUUGUGGACCUUAUGCUUCUGCUUACAAACUAGGAGACUGCUCCUUGGGCUGGGCUUUCUACACAGCUAUUGGUGGCACUAUUCUGACGUUCAUCUGUGCAGUCUUCUCGGCGCAAGCUGAAAUAGCCACGUCCAGUGACAAAGUGCAAGAAGAAAUAGAAGAAGGAAAAAACCUUAUCUGCCUCCUUUAACUCCAGUGGGGAAAUAAUACCAGUGCCUGCAUCUUAGUCUGCUUUCCAUUGACUGGUCAAGCAGAUAACGCUUACUUGUUUCUACCAUUUGUGUGAUUGAGCCCCAUGCAUUCCAGCCCUGAACUACUGAAAUGGUCUUUCUCCCUUGCUUGGCAAUGAGGAUCAGAGAAAAGAUCCCAAAAAAGGAGAAUGUAAAUAUUUGGGGAUUUUUUUAGUUUCAUUCUAUGAUCAGGACACAGUGGAAUAUAGUAAUCUGACUGGGAGGUGAGGAAUCGUGUAUAUAGCAAACAAAUUCUGAUUGAUCGGAUUGCCUUACUCACCUUGGUCACUUU